UAUGGCCGCACUGUGUAUGGAAGAUUGACAGUGACGAAUGAGUCGGAUGUCACGAUUUACAGUGAUAACAUUGACAACGCGGUCUGCCGUUUCACGAUGUCCGCAAAUUACUAUUUUGCUAUCGUUGGCCACGCCGACAAUCCACUGUUUGAGAUAGAAUUCAACAAUGCUGGAAAAGACGCAAAAAAGGAAGAUCAUUCGCAUUUGAAUCAAUUCAUUGCCCACGCGGCACUCGAUCUUGUGGACGAACACACGUGGAAAACAACAAACAUGCAUUUGAAAGUUGUAGAUAAAUUUAACCAGUGGUUUGUCAGCGCGUUCGUGACAGCAACCCAUAUCCGAUUCGUCAUGGUACAUGAUAGCAAAAAUGAAGACGGGAUCAAAAACUUUUUUAACGAAAUGUAUGAAACCUAUAUAAAGUAUUCAAUGAAUCCAUUUUAUAAGCUAAACACUCCUAUCAAAUCUAUAGGAUUUGAGAAAAAGGCACAGUUGUACGGUAGAAAAUAUUUAUCUUCAUGAAUGUAAUUAUUGCUGCUAGUAAAAG